UCCCUGCCCUGCACCCGGCUCCAUCUCCCAGCAGAAGGCGCAGCCAUGAAUCCGUUAUUCGGGCCCAACCUCUUCCUCCUGCAGCAGGAGCAGCAGGGCCUGGCCGGGCCGCCGGGGGACCCUUUGGGAGGCGAUCGCUUCGCGGGGGGUGGGGACGCGACCCCGUCGCCGCGCGCCCCUUCGGGCCCGACUGCCUACUUGCCGCCUGAACCGGGCCCCGCGCCCCCCGCCGCCAUGGCCCUCCGCAACGACCUGGGCUCCAACAUCAACGUGCUCAAGACCCUGAACCUCCGCUUCCGCUGCUUCCUGGCCAAGGUGCACGAGCUGGAGCGCCGCAACCGGCUGCUGGAGAAGCAGCUGCAGCAGGCGCUGGAGGGCGGCAAGCCGGGCCGGCGGGGCCUGGCUCGCCGCGACCAGGCCGUGCAGACCGGCUUCGUCAGUCCCAUCCGGCCCCUGGGGCUGCCCCUGGGCGCCCGGCCGGCCGCCGUCUGCACCCCGUCGGCGCGGGUGCUGGGUUCGCCCGUGCGCUCGCCCGCCGGACCCCUCGCGCCCGCCGCCGCCACCUGCCACUCCUCGCCCUCCGCCUCCGCCUCCGCCUGCACCUCCGCCUCCGCCUCCGCCGCCUUCUCGCCAUCCCGCUUUAUGCCCGGCACCAUCUGGUCCUUCUCUCACGCCCGCCGGGCCGGCCCGGGACUGGAGCCCAUGCUGGUGCAGGGGCCUGGCCUGUCCUGGGUGCACCCCGACGGGGUGGGCGUCCAGAUCGACACCAUCACCCCCGAGAUCCGCGCCCUCUACAACGUGCUGGCCAAGGUGAAGCGCGAGCGGGACGAGUACAAGCGGAGGUGGGAAGAGGAGUACACGGUGCGGAUUCAGCUGCAAGAGCGAGUGCGUGAGCUCCAGGAGGAGGCCCAGGAGGCCGACGCCUGCCAGGAGGAGCUGGCGAUGAAGGUGCAGCAGCUGAAAGCGGAGCUGGUGGUCUUCAAAGGGCUUAUGAGCAACAACAUGUCGGAGCUGGACGAGAAGAUCCAGGAGAAGGCCAUGAAGGUGGACAUGGACAUCUGCCGCCGCAUCGACAUCACCGCCAAGCUCUGCGAUGUGGCCCAGCAGCGCAACUGCGAGGACGUGAUCCAGAUGUUCCAGAAGAAACUGUCUCUGCACUUGUCUCCCAUUAAGGUCCCAUCCAUGGGGGGGCGGAAGCGGGAGCGCAAGGCUGCCACCGAGGAGGAGCCCUCCCUGUCGGAGAGCGCCGGGCCCCGCCAGCCCGAGGGGGAUGAGGAGGAGAGCACGGCCCUCAGCAUCAACGAGGAGAUGCAGCGCAUGCUGAACCAGCUGAGGGAGUAUGAUUUUGAGGACGACUGUGACAGCCUGACUUGGGAGGAGACUGAGGAGACCCUGCUGCUCUGGGAGGAUUUCUCAGGCUAUGCCAUGGCGGCGGCAGAGGCCCAGGGAGAGCAACCGGAGGACAGUCUGGAGAAGGUGAUCAAAGACACCGAGUCCCUGUUCAAGACCCGGGAGAAAGAGUAUCAGGAAACCAUCGACCAGAUAGAGCUGGAGCUCGCCACGGCCAAGAACGACAUGAACCGGCACCUGCACGAGUACAUGGAGAUGUGCAGCAUGAAGCGGGGCCUGGACGUGCAAAUGGAGACCUGCCGCCGGCUCAUCACCCAGUCCGGGGACCGAAAGUCUCCUGCUUUCACUGCAGUCCCGCCCAGCGACCCGCCGCCACCGCCGAGCGAGACUGAGGACUCCGAUCGAGACGUCUCAUCUGACAGCUCCCUGAGAUAGGGCCCUGCCUCGGGUCCCACCCUGACCGGACACAACCUCGCACCUCCUCUCGGAGUCGGGGUUCGCAGAGGGGAAUGUCACUUGUCCCGCUGCACCGAGCCCGGCCCCGGACAGGCCGCCCUCCCUCGGGCUCCCUUCCCUGGCCCGCAGCCCCUCCAGGUUCCAGGGUGUCUGGAACAAGGCUCGGCCUGCCCUUCCCAGGCGACUCCGGCCACAGCUGGGCCCUCCUGACCUCCCAUCUUUAAAACCUGCCAGUGCGACUGUGGCCCCCCAACCUCCCGUUGAACAAGGAAUGUGAUGGUCAGAUCCCCCACCCCGAGGCCUAGCGCCCGCUCACGUCCGGUCCUGUCCUGGUGCUAACUGGCCAGGCACUGAUACGCGUGGGUCAGGCUGGACGCCACGGGCAUGUGCGACACUGGCAGUGGGAGAGGGGUUGUGGCAGGUGAGGCAGUGGGGCUGGACAGGGUACAAAUUCAUUGUCCAAGUGCCCCGGUCCCCUGCCUGUGGACAGUAAGGAUGUGGCAAGACCCCUCCCUCAUGAAAAUGCCAUCGGAAGGGGUCUCCGAGCCCCUUCUGGGUCUGACUGGGUGCAAUAUCGAGAAGGUGGGAAGCUCCUGUCUCCCAAGGACUGAGUGACAAGGGGAAGCGAUACGUGUGCGUACACAGGUGUGUGCGUGUGCUCAGGGCCUCAAUGUCAAGGAUCAGCAGAAGUGCCUCCUUCGUGUCUGCCACACAGACCAACAGGCAGAGAUGUCUGAACUGGGAAAACCUUGGAGAAAUUGGGGAGACGGGACCGAGACCUUAGCAUAACUGCUGGGGGAGCUGUGAGCUGACAUGUGAAUGGAAUCUUUAUUGAGAAUGAAACUGGAGAGUAUUUAUUGAA